AUGAGAGGCGGGGGUUCGCCGGGGCUGAGGCGGAGGCGCGGGCACACCGCGGCGGCUGGCAGCCCGGGAGCAGGACCACGAGAGGCGGGGGUUCGCCGGGUCUGGGGCGCAGACACACGGCGGCGGACAGCCUGGCAUGGGCUGGCUCUGCAGAUCCAGUGCUACCAGUGUGAGGAGAUGACCCACGACUGCUCCACGCCAGACUUCAUCGUUAACUGCACGGUGAACGUGCAGGACAUGUGCCAGAAGGAGGUCCUGGUCAAGGACGAUGGGAUACACUACCGCAAGUCCUGCGCCUCAUCAGGAGCCUGUCUCAUCGCGUCUUCUGGUUACCAGCAGUUCUGCACCGGCAAGCUCAACUCUGUUUGCAUCACGUGCUGUAACACGCCGCUGUGUAACGGACCGCGGCAGAAGAAACGUCCCCAACCGUCAGCCGCCAUUGCCCCGACCACGUCCCAGCUCCUUGUGUUUUCUCUCUACAUCCUCCUCCUACUCUCCUCCACCCUGUGCUGACACACCUUCACACGUAAAGUACAGCUGUGUAUCAAGAGUGGAGACAACCCAAACUGGAAGUGACACAGAGAAGAAAACAUACUGUUAAAUGUAUGUUCUUUGAGGCGUGUCGUACAGUAUUUGUUGUCUUUUUGUUGCAGCUUGCCUACAAAGGUCAAAUUGGGACAUUUUAUCAUCAUGUGCCACAAAUAUAAUCAUGGUGCAGCUGCAAGGGCAGCUGGGUAGAGUGAGGUGGAGGACAGUGCGGUGGAUGGAGCAGCUUCAGGCUGUUUUGUUGGGCAGCGGAUGGCUCAUUUACAUCUGUCUUUGUUUACUUACACCCACAAGGUUAAAAACAACAUAUUGCAAGAAAGAUAGCAAGUUGGGAUUCAUCAUUCAUUUUCUGAGCCUUAGGAAAAGCUCUCACGAAUACGUAUCUGAUUUAUGAUGAUGAUGUAUCCUAAAUCCAUACGUUCCCUGGAACUAUUGCCAAUGUUGCUGUAUUGACGAACUGAAAAAGACAAUGCAUGAUAUGUAUGACAAUGAUACUGUUGUUUGAUUCUGGAAAGACAAAUACAGUCAGGAAAAAAAGGUGUUGAAUGAAGACAAAACAUAUGCUAGUGAUUAUAUUAAAGACACAUAUACAGCUCUUAACCCCCUCACAGAUUGGUCUUAUCAGUGGAGGCCAUAUUAAGUUUUUUAUCCUGGAACUUACCUCCACUGUAACCACCAUUGCUUUCACAUAAUGUACAUAAAGCAAGCAUGUUGAAAUACACAAACCUUUUUCACACUACUUACCACAUACUCACUGCGUCUGGAUAGAGCAGUGAGUAUUGUUGUGGAGCAGCAGUAGUGCAGUGAGCGUGUGGUACGAUGCAUCUAGACAUCCACCCUAAAUCCUGAUGGAGUCAGAACAACAUUUUAGAAAGAGCUUUGAAGUAAUCCUUUAAGAAAUGGUAGUUCCCUCCGAUUGGGGAAUAUCUCGUAUGGUAAGGCUGUCGCAUGACAACAGAGAUUAUAUCAAAGUCAAAUAUAUUAUAAGAAGACGUAAUGUGAUCUGCUAUUAAAGAAGUUGGUAAUAUCAAUCAAAAUGUAAUAUUCAGUUGCUUUGCAGUGGUCGGGUGGAGGUGCCCUGUGGAGUUUGGCAUGUGUGUGUCCUCGAGGUCUAACAAACAUUUGGAGAUUUUUGAGACCUACUUUGCUAAUAUCUAUAUCUAUACCAGCGAACUGUCCUCUUCUGUCCCAUCUUUGGUAACGCAGUGCUAAGUUGGUGGCUUUAGUGCCUCCAGCUGGCAGGGAGUGGAACAGCAUGAAGCAUGAAGCCGCAGGACAUCACGUAGCUCGCAUGUCAUGGAUGCACAGUAUCAACUCUUGUGUUGUCUUCCCUUUUUUCCCCUUAUCUCAAUGUUUUUGUUGGGUUUUUUAUGAAGUUUUUGCAAUUUUGGUAUUUUUUUUUCAUGGAUUUUGCCGCUUUUUCCAACAUUUUUCCCCUGUAUUUUAACUUCCUUUAUUUAGUAUAUGA